GCGCGGCACGUCACAUAAAAUGGACGGCGCACACGUAAAGGGGUCCUCCGCGUUGCGACUCGGCUCUUAAAAGGGUAAAAGCAUGGUUCUCGAGGUGCCGCUAAUCUUCGAACGCAAGCGAGUUAUUACCUACAGACUUUGAAAAGCAUUCGAGGGACGCGCCUACACCCGCCCUCGCAGUUUCCAGCGCUUGUCCCGUCCGUGGACCGGCGCCAUAUGUACCAUGGCCCUCGUGUCAGCUGAUUCCCGCAUCGCAGAACUUCUCACCGAGCUCCAUCAGCUGAUCAAACAAACGCAGGAAGAGCGUUCGAGGAGUGAGCACAACUUAGUGAACAUCCAGAAGACCCACGAGAGGAUGCAGACAGAGAACAAGAUCUCUCCCUAUUACCGGACAAAGCUGCGGGGCCUCUAUACAACCACCAAAGCUGACGCAGAGGCCGAGUGCAACAUCCUCCGGAAAGCCCUCGAUAAGAUUGCGGAAAUCAAGUCUCUGUUGGAAGAGAGGCGGAUCGCGGCCAAGAUCGCGGGCCUGUACAAUGACUCGGAGCCCCCGCGGAAGACCAUGCGCAGGGGGGUGCUGAUGACCCUGCUGCAGCAGUCGGCCAUGACCCUGCCGCUGUGGAUCGGGAAGCCUGGUGACAAGCCGCCCCCACUCUGCGGGGCCAUUCCGGCCUCUGGGGACUACGUGGCCAAACCUGGAGACAAGGUGGCUGCCCGGGUCAAGGCCGUGGAUGGGGAUGAGCAGUGGAUCCUGGCCGAGGUGGUCAGUUACAGCCAUGCCACCAACAAAUAUGAGUUCGAUGACACUGAUGAAGAGGCAAAGAGAGACACCCUGAGCCGGCGGCUCAUCAUCGGACCCGGAGCCUUAUUCCAGAAGGAGCAGCUCGUGCUGGCCCUGUAUCCCCAGACCACCUGCUUCUACCGUGCCCUGAUCCACACCCCCCCACAACGGCCCCAGGAUGACUAUUCGGUCCUGUUUGAAGACACUUCCUAUGCAGAUGGUUACUCCCCUCCCCUCAAUGUGGCCCAGAGGUACGUGGUGGCUUGUAAGGAGCCCAAGAAAAAGUGAUGCAGGCUGGCAGCCUCCUGCCACCUCACGGGGGCAUGCAACAAGACAUUAUGUGAAGAAAUAAAUGUUCUUCCCCUUU